AUGCGUGGCGGAGUUGCAGCCAAACUGGGAAAUAAAGACAGGACAGAACAUUUAAGAAGAGCUAGUGGAGAUUCUAAUUUCUCUCACCAUCACGAUAAUGAUUUUGAUUUGGAACAAAGAAAUCGUGAAGCUAUUAAAAGUAAUGCUGAAAAGCAGGCGGCACAACAACUCGAAAAUGCAAAGUAUAAUCCUGUACUUUUUGCUGUCCAAACAAAUAUCGACUUUGAUGGAACUAUUGAUGAUGAUGCACCUGUACAUGGAUGUGCUAUUUCUUUUAAGGCCAAAGAUUUUUUGCAUAUUAAAGAGAAAUAUAAUAAUGACUGGUGGAUUGGGAGACUUGUUAAAGAAGGAGCUGAAUUAGGUUUCAUUCCCUCCCCCGCUAAAUUAGAAUCUGUACGUCAAUCACAACAAACAGGAAAAGGAGUUAAAUUUCGCCAGUCAACUUCCACAACCAAUUUGGGUGCUUUAGACAGAAUGAUGCCCCCAACAACGCCUAGAGGGAUUGCUGGGGGAUCGAGAGGUUCAACCCCUCCAACACCUGCUGACGGGGAAGAGGAAGGAGGGGCAGAUUCUCAUCGAAGUGGGGCAACAACUAAUCGGUUAAAUGAAAAUCAAAUGACUGCUACUCCGCCUGUACAAAAAGAAAAGAAAAAAUUAAUUUUUAAAAAGCAAGAAAAUAUCCCUCCCUAUGAUGUUGUGCCUACAAUGAGGCCUGUAGUGCUUGUUGGCCCUUCACUUAAAGGCUAUGAAGUUACUGAUAUGAUGCAAAAAGCAGUUUUUGAUUAUUUAAAACACAGAUUUGAAGGAAGAAUAAUUAUAACGAGGGUGACUGUUGAUAUUUCUUUAGCUAAACGUUCAUUGCUCAAUAAUCCAACAAAACGGGCUUUAAUGGAAAGGGCAAAUUCUCGGUCAAGUAAUUCUUUAGUUGAAAUCCAAGCAGAGAUUGAAAGAAUAUUUGAAUUUUCUCGUUCAAUGCAGUUAGUUGUUCUUGAUUGUGAUACAAUAAAUCAUCCAAGUCAAUUAGCAAAAACUUCAUUAUCCCCCAUUCAUGUAUUUAUUAAAAUAAGUUCUCCAAAAGUUUUGCAAAGACUGAUAAAAACGAGAGGGAAGAGUCAAACAAGAAAUAUGAACGUUCAAAUGGUUGCUGCAGAAAAGUUGGCGCAAUGCCCUCCAGAAGCAUUUGACAUAAUUUUGGAUGAAAAUCAAUUAGAAGAUGCUUGUGAACAUUUAGCCGAUUAUUUAGAAUCUUAUUGGCGUGCUACUCAUCCCCCAGUUCGUUCACCUCCACGCAUUAAAAGAGGACCUAUGGCUAAUAGAGGGCCUGUAGCUUCUGCAAUGAAUCCUGCACAAAUGAUGCAGGUUACUUAG